AUGUUAUUGUCAAGUGAAUCUUGGACGAAAAUAUUUAUCUUGUGCAAUUGUAGUUUUGUAGUGUUCGGUAUUGUUCUGUUAGGACUCGGAAUUUAUCCACAAAUCACAUUAAAUCAAUUCAAAACAAUACUACAAAGUGCGAAACCUGCGAUCUUCCUCGCUGUCAGUAUCUCAGGAGGUCUCGGUAUACUAGGAUCAUUUGUUGGAAUUUAUGGACACUUCAAGAAACAGAAAAUGAUCAUAUAUUUGAACAUUUUCGUUCUGCUUGUGGUGACUUGUAUGUGGAUUGGUAUGGCGUCGAAAGUAGCUGCAACGGAGGACGGGUUCCCUACGUCAGCUAACAGCUCACUAAGUUCUACUAUUAUAGAAUAUGAGAAACGAGUUGAGUGUCAAAUGGAGUUUGAUGAAUUACAAAAGAAUUUCUUCUGCUGUGGAGCAUCAUCGUAUAAAGACUAUCCCUUUAAAGCUAAGAUAAGACAGUUACCUCCUUCAUGUAAAUACGGUAUAUCACCAUUUCCCAGAGGAUGUGUAUCAGCGAUAAUUGAAUAUACACAAACUUAUCUAAAUAUAAUCAUGUAUCUGUGUUUCACAUUCGGGAUUAUUCAAGCUGUCUACUUGAUCUUGUCAAUUAUUAGAAUACGUAAAUUUGAAGGUGACAAUGUUAUAUCUGCAUAA